AUGCCACUUUCACUUCGGCACCUCAGCAACUGGAGGUGGGAUGCGAAGUUUGCGGCUUUCGGUGAGUACUCUGAGCCAUCGGAGUAUGCUGUCGACUGGGGACAGGAACAGGUGAAGGGCAUCCAGCGAAGCCCCAACCAGCCCUGGCAGACCGGUAUGGUAAUGUUUGCAUCCUUGCCUGCUGAGCCGAGAGAAAUACUGGUGGUGAAUAGCAAGAGCAGCGGAUCGUACGAAUCCCUUUGUCGGGACUCCCAGAUGGCCGACGUCGUGGCAUUCGAUUCGGAGUGGGUGCCGGACUUUGGAUAUGGCUCAGACAACCCCAUCUCCGUCUUGCAACUGGCGUUUCCAUCUUCACAACGGGUCUACGUGGUGCAGCUCGGCCCCUUGGGCGGGAAGCUCCCACAGGAAGUCCAGCUGAUGCUUGUCAAUCCAGACGUGCUGAAGGUGGGCUUUGCUGUCAACUCCAAGGACGCCCAGAAGCUGAUGCGAACGGGCAUUGCUGUGACGCAGGGCUCUGUUGUUGAUGUGCAGGAAACAUGUGCCAGCCGAAUGGGUCUGGCAUGGGGAUCUGAGCAGUCCCUGAGUCUGCGGCGCGCUGCCAGCUCCCUCCUCCGCUGUGAGCUUCUGAAGGACAAGAGAUGUGCCUGCUCAGACUGGUCCAGCGAGCAUUUGACGCGGGGGCCUUCAAUGAAGGGUUGA